UACCACAUCUGUCAUGGCGGAGUCGUCGGAAAAGCACCUGCAGCAAGAAACUAUGGCUGAAGAUUCUAAUUCAGUUAACAACUCAUCAAACUUACACCAAAUGGAGGACGACAAGCAGCAGCAGCAGCCGGAAUUUGUCAAGUUGUCAGUCAGUGGAACGAGCGAGGAUCCCAUGUUGGGGUUCCUUACCCUCUUGGCUAAGGUAGAGCGACCUUCUUGUGCCAAUUGUGAAUCCAAGGAUUUGUCACCCAUGUUCUUCUGCAACACCUGCAGCCAGGCUAUUUGUGCCGUGUGUAAACAAAACACGCAUAGCGCCAAAAUGUUUUCACGACACGACGUCACCAGCGUUUCACCAUAUACCAAGGAACCACAACGCAAAUGUCCAGUUCAUUUCGAGAUGUGCAUCAUGUUUUCUCCCGCCAACGAGUCGUUGCUAUGCAUCAACUGCUUUCGUGAUUUACCUCCCGACAUUCGAGCCCAGUGUCUCGAUUUAGACACGGCCUAUCAACAGAAAUGCGAUCGACUUCAAAUUGCACAUUAA